GCUGCUUGGCCCCAAACGCUGGACAGGGCAUGCUUUUUCCUGUUUGGCUGGGAAAGUUAAGGCUGAACUGCUGAAUCUGACACUUAACAGGACUUUGGCAUUCCCCUAAAUACAGACUAGAUCAGGGACUUUUUUUUUUUUUUUUUUUCAUUGAAAAGUAACUUGGGUUCACUUUAGAAAUCCUUAUUUGGUGUGCUCAUCUGGCUAUUUCACAGAGAUUUCAGUUUUGCAAACAAGUUGGAGUUGAUUUCUUCCAUCAGAUAAGCUAGUGGUUGUUGGUGGCCAACCGAAGUUGCUCAACAUAGACAGGAAUAAAAAAAGGUUCCUGCUGAGAUUGAAAGAAAACCUCAGAGGAGAACUCUUGAGAAUUCGUCUGAGGAUGAAGCUGCAAGAGCAAAGAAGUACUUGUGAUACAAGCAAAUGUGGUCCAUUGAUCAACAGAUGCAAGAUUCUUCUCCCAACUACUGCAGCUCCUGCGGUGAUGAGAAUCUGGCUUCUUAGAGGCCUGUUGCCGUUCCUGCUGCUCCUCUCUGGCCUGCAGAGACCCACGGAGAGUUCCGAGGUUGCAAUUAAAGUCGACUUUGACUUCGCACCAGGUUCCUUUGAUGAUCAGUACCAAGGCUGUAGCAAACAGGUUAUGGAGAAACUCAUUCAAGGGGAUUAUUUCACAAAAGACAUAGAAUCCCAGAAGAAUUACUUUAGGAUGUGGCAAAAAGCCCACUUAACCUGGCUUAACCUGGGAGGAAAAGUUCUCCCCGAGAACAUGACUACCACACAUGCUGUGGCUAUUUUGUUUUAUACAUUGAACAGCGAUGUUCAUUCUAACCUCACUAGAGCCAUGGCCUAUGCUGCCAGGACUCCACAGCAAUACGAACAUUCAUUCCACUUCAAAUAUUUACACUACUACCUGACCACAGCAAUCCAGCUGCUGAGGACAGACAGCACCAUGAAGAAUGGCACUCUGUGCUAUGAGGUGUAUUAUACGAUGAAGGAUGUCCACUUCAACGCCUACACAGGGGCCACCAUUCGAUUUGGCCAAUUCCUGUCCACGUCCCUCCUAAAAGAAGAAGCACAGGAGUCUGGGAACCAGACACUAUUUACUAUAUUCACCUGCCAGGGUGCACCUGUACAAUACUUCUCCCUCAAGGAGAAAGUCUUGAUCCCUCCCUAUGAGCUGUUUAAAGUUGUAAAUAUGAGCUACCACCCAAGAGGAAACUGGAUGCAGUUGAGUUCAGCUGGGAACCUGAGCACAUAUAACUGUCAGCUGCUAAAAGCUUCCAGCAAGAAAUGCAUCCCUGAUCCUACAGCUAUUUUGUCUCUCUCCUUUUUGACCACUGCCAUCAUCUCUUCCAAAAGCAGAGUAUAAAGGAAUCUUGUGGCUCCUUUUAUUUAAAAAUAUAUAUAUAUUUAAAUAAAAACUUUUUAUUGGC